AUGCAGCUGAAGUAUAGUCAAUGUUUUGAUAUAGAAAUUGAUGAGCUUGAUAUGUUACUUCUUCAACUUUCAGAAAAAGAUCUUAACGCGUAUGAAUAUAUACAUAUUGAGGAUGAAAUAUCAGAGAGUGGACUUACUGAUGACGAAAUUGUUGAUACAGUUUUAAAUAUAAAUAAAGAAAGGAAAAAUAUAGACGAAAUUGAAUUUAUUCCUAUAUUGGAAAAAGUUAGUCCAACAGAAGCUGAAAAAUUUAUAAGUGAAACUAUGAGAUUUUAUAUGAACAAGAACGCGAAUUUG